AUGAGGAGGGGACUGGANUGUUAUUCCCAUCUAUCUAGCACAAUAUACAUUUGGGAUCUCCGAGCUUACAGGCCUACCUUACAAUCUUCAGCUGAGAAGAAAAAGGAAGAGGGCAUUAUUAAUGUUCCACCAGAUGUGCCUACCACCUUCAAACACCUAGACCUCGCCUGGAAACCUAUCAUAAAGAUCAGUCUGCCCAAGGCAGAUACAAGUGCUGAAUAUAGUCCAAUAAGAUUUAGCUUCAGAGAAGAGCACUAUCACACCAAAAUUCAAGACAAAACAUCUCUCCCAAACAAGCAAAGCAAAGAGGCACCCAUAGAAAAAAUUCCAUAUGCGGAGAUUCAGAGCUCAAUGAUGAAACCUCUUAAGCUGCUGGAAAAUAUAAAUACCAGCUUUUUUGUUGGAACUGAAGAGGAUUGGAGAAUGCUGGACCGAAUAGUUGUGAGCCGAUCAAUGAAUUCCUAUUACAAAGCAGCAUCAUUAGAAAAAUGA